GCUGUACACGCAUCGCAUAGCAUCCAAGGUCUCAACCAAGUAGCAGCUCAAAACAGCCCCAUCAUCGGAAAGAAACGAUGCGCGCAACACUAUUCUUCAACCACAGCGGCCCUCCCUGCAAAGCACUCUGACUGAGGCCAUCCUGCCCACUUUGAGAGAUGACGACAGCUCAUCUCGUCUCCUCCGCCGCUUUGCCUAGCGCUCGCGUCAGCAGUUCGAUGAACAGGGGGUCGCGCGGCACAAAGGCAGGAUGCCGAGACACCAACGCCUGCACAACACAACACAACACAAGGCAACGAUAAAUGCACGUUGGUGUCGUGUGUCGUCAAUCGUGCGUCCCCCAUCGUCCUUGUCUGUCUGUCUGACAGAUCUCCCAUGGGGGAUAGCGAGAAGGACAGCGGUGUGCGCAGAAUCAGAGGAUGCAGCACCACGCAGACAGCACGCAUCCGUGAACAUCUGCGACUCCCUCCCUCCCUGUCUGCAUCCCUCCCUCCGUCCACCCACCUGCUGUAUCUGCCUGAGUCUGCCCACUUUCAGCUCCGACACUUCCGAAGGCGCUGGACGGAACACACCAGAUGACGGCUCUGCCGCCGGGCUGUGGUUGAGCUUUAGCUGGAAGUCGUCAUCGGUGAGCGGCGCUGGGACCAUCUCCAACAGAGGCCUUGCAGGGCGGAAGAGGUACACCGACUGGUACUCGCAGCAAAUGUACAUGCCGUGCCGGCGGAUCUCGCCCUUCUCGCGAUGGCCGAUGGUGAACAGGUGCAUCAAGUCGCCCUCAAUCACCUCGGUUGACGGAUCUUCCCCAACCGGCCGCAGCAGCAGCCGAAGUGACUGCCGAUGCCGACUUGCCUCCGCCGGUCCCUUUGGCUCGUCACUCGGGGCGUUGGUGGGUUCCUGUUGGUCUAGCGGGUCAUCGAUUGACGAGCGUGUGACGAAUGCCGGCCUGCUGGGGUCGUCGCAGAGGAUGGGACGAAGCACAAUGGACUCAUGGCUACUGUCAGCAGUGGGGUUGUGUAGCCGAUCGAAUGAGCAGUGGAGCGUUGCGUUGGUGAGGGGGUCGACGACAUCGACAGUGACGCCCAGCUCCUCCUCUAUCUCGCGCACCACUGUGGUCAGGGGCACACCGCCAGCGUCAACAUGACCUGGUCAUACAAUGGAACCAACAAUCCCCUCAAUGCGUUGCCUUCUCCACAGCGAGGAAUACCAGCAUACCUACCUGCCACAGUGAUGUCCCAACAGCCAGGAUUGGUGCUGCAGACACACACACACACACACACACAGAGCACAUAAGGACACCAUCGAUGGAUGGGUGUGUGUGGCUGCCUCACUCCCUCACUCUUUAUGCCUUGACCGCCGCUGCAGGACCAGCUCCCAGUCACCAUCCGCCGUGCUGCCCCCGAACCAGCACAGCGACGUCCGAUGCCACAACCCACACACAUGCACCUUCAGCCGGCUCUCCACAUAGCCAGCAGGGACCACAGCCGACCUCUCCCCCGACGGCGGGCGGUACACAUCAAAGGGCUCCGACAUCGAUUGUCCCAAAGAAGUGAAGGACGCAUCCUUCGCAGCAGCAGCAGCAGCAAGGCGGGCAGCAGAGUGCAGGCGCCGACGCGAGAGAGACUCCCCGAGGGAAGAUGGGAGCCCUACAAAUGAAAUAGCAGCUACGUCAGAAUGGAUCUUCGUCACGGCGGUGGGUGCCUGCGGGUGGUGGUUGCGGGGUGGCCGGUAGAGCAGCCUCCUGAGCGUCGAACAUGAGGCCAUGAGUGGAUGUACCAGCAACAGCACCGAGCAGAUCCGUAUCAAAAGACACAGACAACGGUGCAUUGAUCACUGCUUGUGAACUCUCCGCGGGGCUGCUAACACGAGCCCUUCAGGCAGGAGAUCUGCAGUUCGUGUUU